AUUAAGUAUACUAUAAGAGCGCACACGUAAAAAGAAAGAAAAAUAAAAACGAAAAGAAGGAAAUGAGCAGUGUAUGGGAAAAUCAAUGUAUGGAAAUACUUUAUCUCAACACUUGACCAUUGAGAUUUUUUUUCAGUGCUUGAAAUGAAAAUUAAAGAGAGUGUUAGCAAUAUUUCAAGAAAAUUGACAGUAUUUCCUUCAUGGGGACUGGAAUAUGACAACCUGCUUGCCGAAGCGGUACAACGUAAUGCAAAAGAAGCUGUUAAACUACUUCUUCAUUUUACAUCAAAUUUAUCUUCUAACAAUUUUGCACCAAAUAAAAGUUUGACAGCAGCAGCCCAAACUGGAAAUUUGCAACUUAUUGAGUUAUUUACUGAAUGUGGGUACACAAUUGCUGAUGGACACGAUGUCGAUUGUGAAUGUGAGAUAUGCACAAAUGAUUGCAUCAGUCAAUCAAAGGAAAGAAUAAAAAGAUUACGUGCUCAAAUAAACCCUGUUUGGAUUUUUAAAACAUCAACAAACCCACUUGUAACUGGGUUAAAUUUAUGGAAAACAACAAAGCAAUUGGCAGUUACAGACGACAGCUUUGAAAAAGAUUAUACUGAACUGGCCACAAUUAUGAAACAUUUUUGUCUAGAUUUAUUAGAUGAAGUUAAUAACAAAUCUGAAGUAAACUGCAUUAUGAAUUGCGGCAAAACAAAAGAUUUAUCAAAGUUAAGCUUCAUAAAUAUGGCUAUAGAGAUGGAUCACAAAGAGAUUGUAGCUCAUCCAGUUCCUCAACAUUUGUUAUCUUCAAUGGUUUACGAUGGAAUUUGGAUGUGGAAAAAAAGUGGUUUUAUAUAUAAAAUGUUGGUGGUGCUCUCCAUAGCAAUUUCAUUUUCCAUCACUUCUAUAGCUUACAUAAUAUAUCCAAAAUCAAAAUUGGGCAAGCUGUUAGAAAAUCCAUUUGUUAAAUUUAUUAACACUACUGCUUCGUUUAUUGUGUUUUUAGGGCUUUUAGCAGUAUUAUCAAUGUCACAAAAAUCGGGAAUUAGAUUAGGAGCAAGACCUGACACACAUCAAAUUCUAAUUUUGUUAUGGACAUUAGGGUUCUCGCUACAAGAGAUCAAACACAUGAUAUAUUUGGGGAAACGUAGGUAUUUCGAAAGCGUUUGGAACUGGAUUGAUAUGAGCAUGAUGUCAUUAAUCAUAGCAGCCUAUAUUGUGUGGGGAAGUGCUCACUUGACGCCGUUUUCAAAAAACAUAUAUAUUAGUAUUGGGGACAGCUUCUUUGCUAUUUCCAUUGUGUUGAGCUUUUUCCAUGUUGUUUACCUAUGUCAAGUUAUAAGAUUUUUGGGGUUGCUUCAGCUAUGUCUUGGAAGAAUGAUAAAGGUUAUAUUCCAGUUUGCAUUCAUAAGUUGCGUGGUUUUAUGGUCUUUCUCCGUGAGUAUGGUUUUUUUAUUUCAUUCAGUAAAUCGACCAUUGGUGAAUGACACAGUUCCAAUUAAGUCUGGAAGCAAUAGUACUAACUUAGCAAAUAUUGUAAAAGGAGGGUAUGACGGUUUAGCUGCUGCGAUGGUUACUUUAGCUUGGGCAAGUAUCAAUUUAGUUGGUUUAGACUCCUUAAGAGGUUUUGAUGACGGAACAAUGAUUCUUUUAUCAAGUUAUCUUUUGUUUACAUUUUAUCAUUGUGUUUCAAUGAUUGUGCUGCUUAACAUGUUGAUUGCAAUGAUGAGCAAAUCAUAUCAGCAAAUCGAGGACAAUAUUGAAGUUGAGCAUAAGUAUGCAAGAACCAACUUAUGGUUAGAAUAUAUUGGUAAAAACAAUAAUCUUCCAGCUCCGUUUAAUUUAAUACCGACCAUUGCAUCCAUCAAAACAGUUACAUGCUGGAUCCAGCUUAUGAUACUUGAAGUAAAAAGAAAUAAGGGAUUGCAAAGGACAAAACAAGACAAGACUUUAAUGAAAGAGUUUAAUGAGCUGUGCAAAAACUUAUUAGUAAGGUAUUUGAGAAAAAAAAAUCUACUCGAACAACCUGAUGUUGUCGAUAUUGAAAAAGAAAAUGAUUUUUUACUAUAUGUUAUAAAUAAAAUAGAACUUUGGUCGAAAUUAGAAAUAUAGCUAAUAUAUGAUUUUUGUUGCUUUAAAAACGAGUAUACCUAGAGCGGCUCAUAUCCCUAGAGCGGCUCAAGGACGUAUAUAUAAGGAACUUGACAGCAAAUAUAUUUAAAACUAAGUUACUUGUCAUUUUAAAAUUUUAUUAUUCAUAAAACAAAGAAAAUAUUACAAUAUGUGCAACAGACAUAAAAUAGAAUGUGAAAUCAAUAGACGUAGCCUGUUCCCUCACUCCUGGAGAUACACCUGGAGAUACCAAUAAAGUAUAAAAACCUUUAUUUUGUUUGAAAUAAAAUUUUGUUAAUUUUUUAUGUAAUAUAUGUAUUUUAUUAAUUAUUGUAAAAUAUUAUCAUAAUUUGUUAAA